GAACGCGAACAUUGCCGAACAGGAGUUCGCGAUACGCGUGUGCUCGCUGCUGUCCGCUUCUCGUCUCUCUACUUGUCGUCGCGUACCGCCUUUCUCACCUGUUCCACUCUCACGUCGGCAGAUUAAUCGCAAUCGUGUGAACAGUGCCGUAUCACUCGAACAACCGUACCGAUCGGUGAACCAUGAAAAGUGACGUUUAAGUGAACUGUCAGCUAUUAGAAUGGAAGAUUGCAAUAAUCGAGUGAACAAGGAUGAUAAAUUGAAAUGUGGAAGGUAACCACUGUUGAUUUUCUAAGAAACUAUGGAUCAAUUGUAGGAAUUGAAGAUGCAGCGAUCGAGUGAAGAAUCUUGAAUACCUUUCCUGAACUCGAUCGAAUUACUCUUAUCAAAGACACUGCAACGAUCCUACGAGCAAGAAACGACUGAUCAAUGACACGGAAUCAACGUUACGCCAGUAAAUUCCUCGUGAAGUAACCUCGGCAAGUAAACAAUAGAAAAACCGUCAUCGAAGGAUUAUCCGCGGCUCGAACACAAGUUCAUUGAUAUUUCCAAGUAACGCGACACAGGUCGAUACGUAGACGAGUGUAUCGAUCGGUGUUAGUCGAUCAGACGAGUAUAAACCUCGCGUUCGUUCAGUUUGCAAUGAUACGUGCCGCUGAUAACGAUAACGCGCGAGCAUCGCCCGGUAGAUCCGUGAAAGGACAUCGACUAGCAAGUCGAAACAAGCGAAUCGAUCGAACGAAUCGCGUUGAUCGAUCGAUACGAUUCGAUCCGCAACUUAAUUAAAAGUUACUUGAGAUAAUUUCGCGGAUAAACAUCGGGUUUCCGGUGUGACGCGGCAACAACAGCCAGUUUCAUUGAAAAGACCGGCAGAUAAGGAAAUAUCGUGCCGAGAUAUCGGUCGGAGGUGGUGGUAUAGAUCGAGAAACUGUAUCGAUCGUGCGGCAAAUGCUACUCGGACUUUGGUUCCCUCAGAGAAACUCGACGACGCGUUUUCGAACACGAAAACGAGCGAUAUUCCGUGUCACGUUGGACUUGGCUUGAAAAUUAGACCGUUGAUGAAGAAACGGUACAAAUUAUUCGUGGACAAUUGGUUGAUUACGCGCUACGCGAUGCGAAAGAUGAAGAGGAUGGUGCGAUUCGAGUGCGUACUGUGAGAAAACGCGCGUUUUUCCUACUCUGGCUUCUUCGUCUACUUUCGUUUCGAUCCGUUUCUGGCUCGAUAAAACUAUGGAUCUUAGUACGACGCCGAGAAGAGCGACGGACGGAGUUGGUGAUCUUCAAAAAACCAGGGUUGCCAAGAGUGUCUUCAGCAUUAGGAGUCUGGUUGACGUCGAGGAGGCGGAACUUCCGGUGACUGGGAUCGAGGAUACUGACAGAACUCAAAAUCAUUCAACACGAGGUGGAGGCGGAGGAGGAGGAGGAGGUGGUGGUGAGCAGGCUGUCCCGCAGACGAGUCCUGCGAGCAGCACGAGUAGCUCGAGCCAGGUGAAUCAGGUGAGCGUACAACAGGUGAGCCAGCAAGCUCGGCAACAAUCGGUGCCGCCACCUACAACGACGACACCUCAAUCCACUCAAAUGGGAAUCUCUACGGAAGAGGUGAGGGCAGCCGAGGAGGAGAGCAACCACCCUAGAGCUGCGCCGACCAGUCCUGAAAGCGAAGCCGAGGUCGACGACUUUGCCCCGAAAAGGAAGCAACGGAGAUAUAGAACUACCUUUACAAGCUUCCAACUAGAGGAACUCGAGAAAGCUUUCUCGAGAACUCAUUAUCCCGACGUGUUCACCAGAGAGGAACUCGCCAUGAAGAUCGGUCUUACGGAAGCACGCAUACAGGUCUGGUUUCAGAAUCGACGGGCCAAGUGGCGGAAACAGGAGAAGGUCGGGCCGCAGGCGCAUCCGUACAAUCCGUACUUGGGCUCAGGUGCACCACCACCGUCGGCGGUCGUAGCGCCGACCUUGCCGAACCCUUUUGCCCACCUGGGCACGUUCGCCCUACGGAAACCGUUCGACGCGUUUCGUUACCCACCUCUGGGUCACGGACCGGUCCUUCCCGGUAGUUACACCGCUCAUCCCUAUCAUCGGGCACCGCCACCUUUGUUGCCACCUGGAAUGCCUCUGCCUUACACGUCGGCCGCAUCCUUCCAGAGCCUCUUGGCGAACAUAUCAGCCGCUCAGAGGCCAAAAUUGGUGCGUGGCUCGCCGCCACCUCCGCCCCCGCCACCGCCAGCGCCUGCGAUCAAUCUGCCGCAUCCACCGGUUCCACCGCCUCCGCCUCCACCGACGGCAAGUUCGCCGCAAGGUUCGCCAACCGGCAGCGUCGGCCUGCCGGACAUCGACAGGCGGACCAACAGCAUCGCUUCCCUCAGACUCAAGGCCAGGGAAUACGAGCUUCACCUCGAGAUGCUUCGCAAGAACGGCGAUCUGAUCAGCUGAAGAGGUUCGCGCGUACAAAUACUUAAAUAUUUCCUCCCACGUAGAUCCUCGCGAUCGGUGCUUACGAUUUUAACACAAACGACGUGCCCGUACCUCGACGUCGAUUCUACGUUUCUCGACCUGGCUAUCGAUAUCAAUACGCCCACGCCUCGACGUCGACGUCGACGUCGACUCGGGGUAUUACCUCGUAACUAGAAACCUCCCGAUCGUUGUUUACGAUUCUACCCUCCGUGUGUGUCUACCUCGCCACCUCGAUCGCCAUCUCUUGCCGCCAUUUCCUUGGAACGCGAUCAUACCCAGACGCACACACCUCUCCUGUCCGCGCUUUCGCGUGUAUCGUGCAAGAUACCAGCCAAAGAACUUACUACCAAGUGGGCGGACAUAUUGUAUACAUUAAUUAGGUGUACACCGCGAAGGAAGGUUGAAACGAUAGGUAUUCUUGUUUCUGUGAUCGCACGUGCCUUUGUUACUCAAUCGUAAUCUUAAGAAACGUCGAUCGUUUCGAAUUGCAUAAUGGCCGAUCUCUAAAUACUCGAGACGAUAAUCGUUGACCGAACGUAACUUCGAGAUACCUUCCAUCGUCUCGUCGAUUCGCUAUCUCUCAUGCAAUCCGAUAACAUUCGACAAAAAUCCAGGCAACGGAAAUGAUUCCUACGAACGAGAUCAGGCGGAUUCGUAGCUCGCGUCUGCGUUGACAAUUCGGACGAUCGUUCGGAGAACUUUCGUUAGUUCGAGUUUCCUGACGGUCGUUGGUAUUGUCAUUGCUCUUUAGCGUGGAUCGCGAGCCAACGGAUCAACUUUUACGACGUCGUUCGUUUUAGAAAUGAACCUAACCGUAUACCUGUUCAUGUACAAACGAGUUUCUUCAACCUUCCUCUUUAUUCUCAUAUACACGACGUCGACCAUGCGCUCGAACGACAAAUAACAGAUAGAAUAAGAUGCUUAUUUUUCGUGUAAAAUACUGUAUAUAAUUUACAGUACCGAUGGAACGCCACCGGUGGAUUACGAUUCGCGGGAAUGCAUUUCAAAUUUACAGUGACUCACAUAUUUGUUCGAACGGUAAUGAUAUUUACGUGUACAGAAUAAUUAUGUUUCAUUGGUGAUUACACAAACGUUGUACUAAAUAUGAUGCUUCUUUGUUGACGCGCAAUUUUAAUUAUUUACAAGAAUGCGAACCAAACAUGUGAGUCACUGUGCACGUGAAGAUUCGUUAAACGUUUCCUACAAACGUAGAAUAUGCUGAAUUUAUGAUUCGUGAGAAACGCGUUUCCUGAAUUUUCACGAGAUUUGAGAGAUAAUUCGCGAGAUAACGUUCAGGAACCAAGAUUUGUUUAUAGCGAAUUUUAAAGUAAUUUUUUAGGUAAACAUCAUCGAAAGAUGUCCGUCCAGAAGAGAAUCUUGGCAUCGCGACCACAAGUAAUUGUUAUCCGACGACGAUCGAUGUUACACGGUGUGGAUAAAUUAAAAUGAUUUGUUUUUUAUAAAAUUAAAAAAGGAUUUUCUACGUCGCGGUCAUGACCGUUCGAUAAUCGUUCGAAAACAACGCGUAAUUUGUUUUACUUUUACACGAGCCAUCAUAGGCGUUUUAGAUAAGGGAAACAGAAAGUACUAUUUAUAAUUAUUAUAAUUCUUGAAUGUUCGACAUUACGAUAAGUUUUACGACUGUAAUAAGCACGUUCUUAGCUCGUAAGUUGCUACCCCUGUAAAUAAUCAACUACGUAUGCGUAACGUCUUGCAUUUGUUUCAUUUACGUCAGUUGCAUACCGCAUGACACGUUGGCGCAAUUUUUUUCUUUUUGUUUUUCGAAAAUUUUCUCCCACGAAAUCGCGCCAACAGCAAUUACAAGGAAGCAUACGUUAUGAUCUCGAGAAGAUUAGCGUAAGAGGCAAAUUAACGCUUUGUCUGUCAUUCAUCAACAAUCCUUAGGGAACUUUUAUUUCUGAUAAAAAUCUAAUCUAUCAUUCUAACGACACUCGUUUCGUUCCAAUACUUAACGAAUAUUAUUGAUACAUCGUUUCUCAUAACGCAAGAGUGACAGUCGAGGUGUUGAAGUUGUAACUUUUAAUUAAGGAUCUCGAAAAAAGAAGAAAAAAAAAAAGCGGAGCAAACGCAACUUCGUCGACCAUCGACGUUCAUUAUUGUACUUAUACGCUCAUUCCAUCCCCUUUUCCCUUUUUUUUUUGCGACGAAUAAAUCACUAUGACAAGAAAGUGAAAGAGAGAGGGCGAAAAAAAGAGAACAAGAAAACGAACGGCCUUUUUC